AUUCUCCUGUUUUUAUUUUUUCCUCAUAGCACUUUACCAAGGUCUGAGAUUCUUGUUUGGAAGAGCUCCUUCUAUAUAAGACGCUACGUCCUUGAAUCUGCAGAGUUCGUUCAAUAGUUACGAGUUACUAAACUACGCGCCAAGGUAGGUCACAACCCAGCAGCCUGUCGCAGAACCCGAGCUCCUUUCAGAAAGACCGGGUUUGGGUGAAAGCUUCAGAACACAGCCAGACGACGCGGUCGCUUGUGACGUCACGCAAACAGCGUGGUUCCGAUUGGCCCUCCGAGCCUGGGCGGGGCCGGAGCAUUCCUGGCCCUGCCCCACGCCGCGUCCGGCUCACACAUGCGCUCUGGCCGCAGCCUCGCUGCCGCGCCAUUUUGCCUGGGUUUGAAUGUGAGGCGGAGCAGCGGCGGGAGAGGGUACUGCUUGCUACAGUGUGCGCUUAGGAUUCCCUCUUCUGUUCCUGUAUCCCCACAAGAGUCUUUAGCAAUGGAGCUCAGUGAUGCAAAUUUGCAAACACUAACAGAAUAUUUGAAAAAAACUCUUGAUCCUGAUCCUGCCAUCAGACGUCCAGCUGAAAAAUUUCUUGAAUCUGUAGAAGGAAAUCAGAAUUAUCCACUAUUACUUUUAACAUUACUAGAGAAGUCCCAGGAUAAUGUCAUCAAAGUGUGUGCUUCAGUAACAUUCAAGAACUAUAUCAAAAGAAACUGGAGAAUUGUUGAAGAUGAACCAAACAAAAUUUGUGAAGCUGAUCGAGUUGCCAUUAAAGCCAAUAUAGUGCAUUUGAUGCUUAGUAGCCCAGAGCAAAUUCAGAAGCAGUUGAGUGAUGCUAUUAGCAUUAUUGGCAGAGAAGAUUUCCCUCAGAAAUGGCCUGACUUACUGACAGAAAUGGUGAAUCGCUUUCAGAGUGGGGAUUUCCAUGUUAUUAAUGGAGUCCUUCGGACAGCACAUUCAUUAUUUAAAAGAUACCGUCAUGAAUUUAAGUCAAAUGAGUUAUGGACUGAAAUUAAACUUGUCCUGGAUGCCUUUGCUUUGCCUUUGACGAAUCUAUUUAAGGCCACCAUUGAACUGUGUAGUACCCAUGCAAAUGAUGCUUCUGCCCUGAGGAUUCUUUUUUCUUCCUUGAUUCUGAUCUCAAAAUUGUUCUAUAGUUUAAACUUUCAGGAUCUCCCUGAAUUUUUUGAAGAUAAUAUGGAAACUUGGAUGAACAAUUUUCAUACCCUCUUGACACUGGAUAAUAAGCUGCUACAAACUGAUGAUGAAGAGGAAGCAGGCUUAUUGGAGCUCUUAAAAUCCCAGAUUUGUGAUAAUGCUGCACUCUAUGCUCAAAAGUAUGAUGAGGAAUUUCAGCGGUACCUGCCUCGCUUUGUCACGGCAAUCUGGAAUUUAUUAGUUACAACAGGUCAAGAGGUUAAAUAUGAUUUGUUGGUAAGUAACGCAAUUCAGUUUCUGGCUUCAGUUUGUGAGAGACCUCACUAUAAGAAUCUGUUUGAGGACCAGAACACGCUGACAAGUAUCUGUGAAAAGGUUAUUGUGCCCAACAUGGAAUUUAGAGCUGCUGAUGAAGAGGCAUUUGAAGAUAAUUCUGAGGAGUAUAUAAGAAGAGAUUUAGAAGGAUCAGAUAUUGAUACAAGACGCAGGGCUGCUUGUGAUCUUGUGCGAGGAUUGUGCAAGUUUUUUGAGGGACCUGUGACAGGAAUCUUCUCUGGUUAUGUUAACUCUAUGCUCCAAGAAUAUGCAAAAAAUCCAUCUGUCAACUGGAAACACAAAGAUGCAGCCAUUUACCUAGUGACAUCUUUGGCAUCAAAGGCCCAAACACAGAAGCAUGGAAUUACACAAGCUAAUGAACUUGUAAACCUGACUGAGUUCUUUGUGAAUCACAUUCUUCCUGAUUUAAAAUCACCUAAUGUGAAUGAAUUUCCUGUCCUUAAAGCUGAUGGUAUCAAAUAUAUUAUGAUUUUUAGGAAUCAAGUACCAAAAGAACAUCUUUUGGUGUCUAUCCCUCUCUUGAUUAAUCAUCUGCAAGCUGAAAGUAUCGUUGUUCAUACUUACGCAGCACAUGCUCUUGAACGGUUGUUUACUAUGAGAGGGCCUAACAAUGCCACUCUUUUUACAGCUGCAGAAAUCGCACCGUUUGUUGAGAUUCUGCUAACAAACCUUUUCAAAGCUCUCACACUUCCUGGCUCUUCAGAAAAUGAAUAUAUUAUGAAAGCUAUCAUGAGAAGUUUCUCCCUCCUACAAGAAGCCAUAAUCCCCUAUAUCCCUACUCUCAUCACCCAGCUUACGCAGAAGCUGUUAGCUGUUAGUAAGAACCCAAGCAAACCUCACUUCAAUCACUACAUGUUUGAAGCAAUAUGCUUAUCCAUAAGAAUAACUUGCAAAGCUAACCCUGCUGCUGUUGUAAAUUUUGAGGAGGCUUUGUUUCUGGUGUUUACUGAAAUUUUACAAAAUGAUGUACAAGAAUUUAUUCCAUAUGUCUUUCAAGUGAUGUCUUUGCUUCUGGAAACACACAAAAAUGAUAUCCCAUCUUCUUAUAUGGCCUUAUUUCCUCACCUGCUUCAGCCAGUGCUUUGGGAAAGAACAGGAAAUAUUCCUGCUUUAGUGAGGCUUCUUCAAGCAUUUUUAGAACGUGGUUCAAACACAAUAGCAAGUGCUGCAGCCGACAAAAUUCCUGGUUUGCUCGGUGUCUUCCAGAAGCUAAUUGCAUCCAAAGCAAAUGACCACCAAGGUUUUUACCUGCUGAACAGUAUAAUAGAGCACAUGCCACCUGAAUCAGUUGACCAGUACAGAAAGCAAAUUUUCCUUCUACUGUUCCAAAGACUUCAGAAUUCCAAAACUACAAAGUUUAUCAAGAACCAUUUGUUAAAACAUGAAAUUUCUUUUGCUUUGAUGAAUAGAAUGUUUGGAAUGGUUUUGGAAAAAAUCAUUAUUCCUGAAAUUCAGAAAGUAUCUGGAAAUGUAGAGAAAAAGAUCUGUGCAGUUGGCAUAACAAAGUUACUAACCGAAUGUCCACCAAUGAUGGACACCGAAUACACCAAGCUGUGGACUCCUUUAUUACAGUCUCUGAUUGGCCUUUUUGAGUUACCUGAAGAUGACACCGUUCCAGAUGAAGAGCAUUUUAUUGACAUAGAAGAUACACCAGGGUAUCAGACAGCCUUCUCACAGUUGGCAUUUGCUGGCAAAAAAGAGCAUGACCCCGUAGGUCAAAUGGUAAACAAUCCCAAAAUUCACCUGGCACAGUCUCUUCACAAAUUGUCUACUGCCUGUCCAGGAAGGGUCCCUUCCAUGGUGAGUACCAGCCUCAAUGCGGAAGCGCUGCAGUACCUGCAGGGGUACCUUCAGGCUGCCAGUGUGACACUGCUGUGACCUGCGCGUUCCUGACUGGCCACACCCACUGUGGGUGAAGAGUCUACGUAGAUGUGUGAGCACAGCUGCAUUCAAACAAAGCAAGUUUUCCUUUUGAACUUGUCACAGUUUCCAUCUUAUAAAGGAUAUUAAAUGUUGCUUUAAGCUGAACUUUGAGCAAACUAGAUGGUUUGUGUGGUCAUAAAUAUAAGUGGAUGACUUUUUUCUGUUUGCAACUUCAAGGGACAAUACCAAUAGUUGAGUGUGCAACCUUGGUUUGAGUUGAGUAUUUGCACGGUUUGUAUCAUUUUAAAUUUUUGACAGACACUGUGGAAACUUCUAUUACUAAAUCCUUUGUUUUGAAA